CGCGCUCCGCCCCCCGCUCCUGCUCCUGGCGCCGCCACCUCGGCCCGGCGCGGGCAGGCGCGCGCGGCGCAGCCAUGGAGCCGGAGUGCCGGGUGCUUUCCAUCCAGAGCCACGUCGUCCGCGGCUACGUGGGCAACAAGGCGGCCACCUUCCCCCUGCAGGUUUUGGGAUUUGAAGUUGAUACGGUGAACUCUGUCCAGUUUUCAAACCACACAGGCUAUGCCCACUGGAAGGGUCAGGUGUUGAAUUCAGAUGAGCUGCAUGAACUUUACGAAGGGCUGAAGCUGAACAAGGUCAACCGGUACGAUUAUGUGCUCACAGGGUAUACAAGAGACACAUCAUUUCUUGCAAUGGUGGUGGAUAUUGUCCAGGAGUUGAAGCAACAGAAUUCUAACCUCGUGUAUGUGUGUGAUCCAGUGAUGGGUGACAAGUGGAAUGGAGAAGGCUCUAUGUAUGUGCCCAAGGAUCUCCUGCCAGUCUACAGGGACAAAGUUGUACCUGUUGCAGAUAUAAUCACUCCUAACCAGUUUGAAGCUGAGUUACUCACAGGCAGGAAGAUUUACACAGAAAAAGAUGCACUGGAGGUAAUGGAUAUGCUCCAUGCCAUGGGACCAGAGACUGUGGUGAUCACAAGCUCAGAUCUACAGGCACCUCUAGGAAAUGAUUACCUGAUUGCUCUGGGAAGCCACAGAAAAACUAAAGCAGAUGGUACCAGGAUAACACAAAGAAUUCGAGUGGAGUCUCCCAAAGUGGAUGCUGUCUUUGUGGGAACAGGAGACUUGUUUGCUGCUAUGCUUCUGGCAUGGACACACAAGCACCCAAACAAUUUAAAGGUGGCAUGUGAAAAGACUGUGUCAGCCAUGCAGCACGUUCUGCAAAGGACCAUUAAGAGUGCAAAAGUGCAAGCUGGAGAAGGAAACAAACCAAACUCAGCCCAGCUGGAACUGAGAAUGGUCCAAAGCAAAAAGGACAUAGAGAACCCAGAGAUCAUAGUGAAAGCCACCGUGUUAUAAAGGCUCCACGUCUCCAAUAACGCACAAUGUAUCGAUGUCCUCAUUUCUUUCCUGUAAAUUGUAAUAUUUGCCUUAGAUCUGUGACAGAAACCUGACUUUCAUGAAAUAGUGCCCAGCAUAGGCAGAUAUCCACUCUCAAACAUAUGUGCUGGCCUUGCUCAGUUUUAAAACCAGAACAGUUAGUGUGCAUUGAAGCAUAUUCCCAGGUAUCCCAAUGUCUGUCAGAUUCACUUAGUCAGUGUGAUUACCCAGGGCAAGAGAGCAAUGUUCCUGCCUUGCCAAAGACUGUAGAUGUGAAUUUGCUAAUGGAAUGCUUGACUGACUGGAAAAUGUAUUUCAAGAUGGCAUCUAGUGCCAAUGGAGCUGGCUCCAUGCUCCCUUUUCCUGGAGGUACCUGGUUACCUACCCUGGUAUUCAGUAUCUCAGCUGCUAUGAAACUAAGCAGGGUUAAAGCUACACACACAGUUCUGCUCGUGUGUAGGAGUACUCUGAAGAUGUUUGGCAUGUUCAGUACUCUGAAGUGACCUUGAGGUGUCAUUCAUGUUGCUGAUCUCUGCUCCUGUUUCUUGUCCAUGAACAGCUGCACAGUUUCAGUUGUCACAGGUUCUGGCUGCUUAUUUCUCAUGUCCAUGGGUGCCCACAUGACUUUCCUCCAAAAGCUGCUCCAGAAACAUCUUCAUCAACAAGAUCAUGCCUUUAUUCAGUGCCACUGGUUAGAAGGGUGGCCUCUGAGGCCAGGUUUGAUUCUUUUUUAACUAAGGCUAAAAGAGAAAGCAGCUCUUACCCUGGAAGUUGGCUGCCUUGGUUUGUUCAUUGUGGGUGGAUGUACUUAGAAGCUACAUGGGCACUUCACUUAACAUUAGUGAGCACUGCUGGCAGCCUCAGCAAUGAAACAGUGUGGCAAAAGUAGUAUUUUUGAUUUAGUAAGAUCUGGCCAGUGACACGUGUUUACCAAAUGCAGUGAAACAGAAAAACUAACUUGUUCAUAAAGUCUCUGCAAGCAACACCAAUUAAAGAUUACAGAAAUACAUUGUUCUUUUUAAUACACAAUUCUGCUUGAUAAGGCUUCAGAACAGGAUUUUUAAUCAUUUCAGUGUCCUGUGGAUCAGAGCCACAUACUAAAGCAGCAGGGCAAGUCUGCUGGCAGGUAUUGGACACUCACACUUGUGUAGGAUUUCUGUAUGGGAUUCUUGCUUGUCCCAAGAUAAAGUCUAGUGUGGUGUUAAAUCCAAAUCAAGUUGAGGAGCUUUACUUGUCUCAGACUACAUAAGGGGAUGGAAAUUGCAUUUCUGAUUGAUUUCCUCUCCUGCAUUUGGCAUCGAAAGUGAAAAAAAAUAAUUAUGUUACUUGAGAAUUUAAGGAAAAAAAUCAGCAGGAAUUUAUCUACAAAAUGGGACUCUACUGCCAGUUUUUAGUAACCACUGUAAUGAAAUAACUUUCUAGCAAUAAUAAUUUUGGUGUUGUGCACAGCUGCUAAAAUCAGCAGUCAGUAACAGAGAUAUGAGCUCGUGGCUGCUACCCAGCCUGUAAGAUGUGACCUUCCUUGACAGUGUGUACAGGUGUCUGAUGGGGAGCAGUGAAGAGGCAGCCAGGCUCUUCCCAGUGGUGCCCAAGGAAGUGAUAAAUAGACAGGAGCACAAAUUGAAAUACAGGAAAAUCCAUUUAAACAUUAGAAAAUGUAAUUCACUGUGAAGGUGAUCAAACACUGGCACAGGUUGCCCAGAGAGGUUGUGGAGUCUCUGUUCUUGGAGACACUCAGAUGCUGACUGAACAUGGCCCUGAGCAUCCUGCUGUGCUUGGCCCUGCUUGCUCAGAGGUAGGAGCAGAAGAUUUCCAGAGGUCCCUUCCCACCUCAGCCAUUCCAUGAUUCUCUGAGCACAUUAAACAACCCUUCUUUCAGCACUACAGUUUUAAACUUUGUUCUCCCUGCAACACAAACUUCCAGAUGGGCUGGAAAAUACUCAUAACAAUAUCUUCCCCCUUUUUAGAUAAGCUGCUGUUUGCUUGGGCAGCUGUGCCAGGAGGACAAUUACCUCUUUUGAGAUGCUUGCUUUCAGCAAAGACAUUUAAAUAUUGUAGCUGGUGAUAUGUUUCAGCAGUUGAACAUAAAAAGGAUUUUAACUGUUUCUAACAUUGAUUAACCAAGUGCUGCAUGCCAUUUUCCAAGCAUAACUGUGAGUUUAUUAAUCUUUUUAAAUUAGAGUAUUUCAUGUGGAAGUGUAUAAUCCCUGCUAUCCUCUUAGGAAGAAGGGAUCAACAUCCUGAACUUCCCUGCCUGUACAGACAAUGGUCAGUGCCCUUUUAGUAAGUGUGAGACAGCACAAUUUAUUUUGCCGUUAGAAUAAACAGACUUCACAAAGGAUUGAGAGAAAGGCAAGGGCUGUUUUCUCUGAAAUAAAGAAGCUUGGGAUUUGGGAAGCUUGGAGCUACCUUGCAAACAAGAUUUUAAUUAUAAACCACGAUGAGCCGUGAUCUUGACAUGAAAUACAAAGUGAUAUGUUUGUUGGAGCAGUUUGCACCUGUCAGGUGUGAUCUUUUCCCACUUCUUCAGAGAAUAGAUCUGUUCAGUAAUUCAAACCUUCCUUAGAAUCUGUGACAUACCCAUGUUAAAAAAAAAAAAAAAAGAAAAUACUCAUACUAAUGUGCUCAAUUUGCAAAAGUUCUGUUUCACAGUAGCUGGAUCCUGUAGCUGUUGGCUUCAUCUGCUUGAGUCCCUGAGGGUUGCUCAUGUGAUACCUGUUUUAAACUCCCUCUGACCUGAUCUAAAUUAGGUCAGGUUUAUAUCUUCAGUGAAGAAUUGGGCUUAACAUCUCUUGCCAGGAACAACCAUCAGAAAUUAUCUGUAAAUAUAUUCUGUAGCUAAUGUUUUGUAGCCACAGUAGGCUAACAGGUAUUUUUGAAUGUCAAGGUACAGAUUUUUAUUUGUUUAGAGUUACACAAAGCUCAUGUGCAGAACAAAAUUCAAAGAUUCAGCACAGUCCUGUCUAAUAUUUCAUUCCCCCCUCUCCUGCAUAUUAUACCUGUAUCUUUUCCUGAGUUCCUGCUGUCUGUCUUAUGCAGUGUCUCAGUGUCAGACAGUGCCCACUGUUUGUUUAGGGGCUUGGAGGAGACUGACCAGCAUUGUCUGACUCACUUGCAGACCUUUAGUUGAAGAUAAAAGGUGAAUCUAAAGUAGCUUAGGUCCUAAUUGAUGGCAGGAGAACAAGCACUUUAGCCCAGAGAUGGAGUCAGAAAUAAUGGAUAAUCUUCCCUGGCCAUCCUGGGAGCAUGAAAGGUGUAACCCAGCAGUGCAGCCCUCACCUGCUGGGGACUGGUGGCUUCUCUGCCACCAGUGUGAGCUCAGAGGCACAGGAGGCUUCUCCUGCUGCAGCACAUGGAGGUGUGGGAGAGGUGAAUGCUUUGUGUCCACUCGACUGCCCUCACAUUCUUUCUCCAUUCUGGAGUUAAUUUGUGUCAGCUCCCCUUUUCCUGGAGUGAUUUGCAGUGCCUGUGGCCACUGCUCAAGUCCACCCACUCAUUUUUGGAGCCACCUGUGCAGGAAAGACCAAAAGUUGUUUACAAACCAUCUACUCUGGGCCUGGAUAAGUCUCCACAUGCUGAAAAUUGAGAUGUGCAUAAAGACAUUGUGCUAAAAUCAGUUCUACUCACACUCAAUUGAAACACUUCAGAAACCUGCAGUACGAAUUGUUGAUGUUUGUGUGCUGAUUUUUAUCUCAGAUGGGGAGAAAUCCAUCAUUCAUGUGUUACACAAAAGAAUUGGAGGACCAAGGUUUCCAUCUACUCAUACUGCCUUUUGAGUAUCUUAACUGUGUCUUGAUUGGAUGGUGUUAAUUUGUUGUCUGAGACUGUUAUGGUGAUUGUAUUGAUUAAUUUUAUUUUAAAAUAUGUGGCAAGGAAGAUUGUAAUAAAAGCAUCUACCUUUAUUAUACUGUGCACACACAAAUUGUUUAGAUCCUAUUUUUAAAUAUGUUAAUCAUUUCAGAAUUAAACAGCACAAGAAUGGUUUGAUAGUCUUGCUGAAUAAAGUGGAUGUAAUUAAA